AUGCGAUUCUAUCUAGCUCUGGCGCUGGUCGCCCUCACUCGCGCCGUUUCGGCUCAAGGCGUCACGCUCACGCCGACCACUGUCUGCAAGGGCUCGACCUGCGCUGGAAGCCCGGAAACCACAGGGCCCGAAAUCCCCCAGGACCCGACGAAUAUUAGCGAUGUCGACGUUAUUACCGAGACCGAGACCGUGACGGAGACCCAGGUUACGACGGAAGUCAAAACUGAAACUCAAAGCGUGACGGAAACCACUACUUCGGUGAUCAUUUCGGUCCAAGAAGUGACUGUCACAGAGGAGGUGACGCGGAUCGUCACCCUCACAACAGAAAGAGUCGUCGAGCGCACAUCUACUAUAACCCAAGCCGUGACCCUGCCGUGUGCUCCACAGGCCGCUUGCCCGACACUCACGAGGACAGGCACGGCUUGCAGGACCUGCCUACUACCCGGUCACAAUACCGCACGUUUCGUUGGUAACGAUGCUCCUGCAGCUGUGGCAGUAGGCGUACUCCUCUCCAAUCUGUUCCGCUACCAGGAAUCUACGCGAGAGUAG